AUGGAGUUUCCACGGCCGGCUCGGCCGGUCAUUCUGGCCAUUCUCCUCUUGUCGCUGGCCGCGCAUUCGCACACGCAGACGACUUACGACGAGUUCCUGGACAAAAUCGAGAGCGUUCUUAACGGGUCCACGCCUGUCGGCAAGGUUGAUUCCAUCCUGUUCACGCAGGCCAAUCGGUACAACCUGGCUCGCAGCAAUAAAGCCCGCGCCAAAUCCGCCUCGCAAGGCGGCGGCAAAUCCGUCUCCCACAGAUCUCCCUUCCGCAGUAACUCGCUCCGCAGCUCGGUCGCGUCGGACCCUGGCGUCGACAGUAGCAGCGGCAAUACCGGGGGCAGUGUCAGCGGCAGUAGCGGCAGCAGCUUCGGCUUGAUCUCGCGUUUUUUUACUAGUUUCUUCAGCGUCCGCUCCAGCGCGACAACAUCUGGGUUUACUAAACCGGCUCCGCCGCUGUCCACCUUCCAAAAUGGCGUGAAAUGGCUGAGCAGCAGCGCGGCAGCUAGCAAAUCCAACCGUGCUAAGCUAAACUUUUUACUUAAGCUGCUGGGACAGCCAAGCCUCAACGAGGCUCUGGGGGAUAAAAAAUCCGCUUUUUUCAUACCCGCGGAUGCGAAUGUUACGUUGGAGGCGGAAGGUGUUACAAAUCUUACUGCUGCGCAAGCUACAGUGCCCAACACUGUACCGACGACACCGGCGCCAGUUUCCGGGCAGAGUUACGGUCAGAGUUAUGCGAUGAUGAGCUCUGGCACGGUCGGGGUGCUGCACGACGAUGACGACGAUGAGAGGAGAAGUCGCGGGGGGCGGCAGUAUCGCAUCGAAUGCCACGAUGAUGAAGAGGACGACGACGAGGAGGAAUGCAUAGAGCCGGUUGGGAAAGUGCGAAUCAUCAAAUACACCUCCCCGGAGAACAUCUCUUAUGUGCUACUCCGAGCUAAGAGCGAGUGCUUGCCUGACGUGCGCAAGGUGCAGAUCCGCAAUGCUCCUUAUGGAAAAACUGGGAGUCUUGUUUUGGAGAUUCCAGGUUCGUGGCGGCUUGUGGAUGACGAUGAGAUUGAGCUGGUUAAGCACACCUUCAUCGCCAAUGCGAGCAGCGUGAUAGUUGCAAAUGGGCAGACUCUGGAAAAGGCGGUUAUUUCCAUGACUAAGGCGCCGUGGAACUACUACGUCAUUUUCACCACAGGAAGCAAGAAGAAUGGGGCAAUAAGGGGCCAGCUCUGGAAGCCGUUUUGCCCUUG